UCCUCCGUCCGAUGUGCCCCAUGAAGAGGCAGAAAUAUCCUCCCCCCCCCUCCCGAUCCCAAAAGGAAAUCUUCCCUACCGUCUCACUGGAUGAAGAAGGGGAGAAAGUGCGAGCCUCUAGCCCUUGUUGGAUUGUAAUUCCCAUUAUCCCUCGCUACUGGCGGCUGGGGCUGAUGGGAGUUGGCGGCCAACAGGUGGGGAAUGCGUGACUCUCCAGAGGUUGAUGUGCUGCUCAUCCCAUUAGCCCUCAUCGCUGGUCAGACUGAUGAGCCCUGGAGUCCAGCAACACCUGAAAAGCUUCCCAGAACCCCAUUUCUACGGUUGUUUGCUAUUUAAAUGGAACUCCACUUCAGAUUCUGUAUAAAUGUUAAGAAAUUAACAGCAAGGAAGAGGAGAGACGCUUCUCAUUCAGAUCCUGGCACAGUCAACAGAUGGCAGCUCAGGUCUGGGUCAAUACAAGGCUCUGUUUCUCUUUUUAAGGCCCAUGAAAGGGAACAAAGAUGACAUCCCAUCAGCUAUUAAGAAAAGAAAUGUUUGCAGGAUUCCUCAGGAAAGACAUUCUCUUUGGUAUUGCUUUUAUCAUCAGGCUUGCACUUGUUUUUUAUGGCAUUUAUCAAGACAGAACCAUGCCGGUAAAAUAUACAGAUGUCGACUAUUUGGUAUUUACUGAUGCUGCCAAAUACAUCACAGAGAGGAAGUCUCCUUACCUGAGAGCUACAUACCGUUACACUCCACUGCUGGCUUGGAUCUUAACACCAAACAUUUACAUUAGUAGUGUGUAUGGAAAGCUCCUUUUUGUUAUAGGGGACAUGGUCGCUGCAUACCUCAUGUAUCAAAUCCUCCUCCUCCGAGGGAUGGACAGUAAGAGUGCCUGCGGAUGUUGCUCCUUUUGGCUCCUUAAUCCCCUGCCAAUGACAGUGUCCAGCCGAGGAAAUGCCGAGUCUCUAGUUGCGAGUCUUGUCCUUGGUACCAUGUAUUGUAUGGAAAAGAGACAUCUGGUGAAGGCAGCUGUUCUUUAUGGCCUUUCUGUACAUAUGAAAAUUUACCCUGUGACUUAUGCGCUGCCGAUAGCGCUCCAUCUGCAAAGCACCAGAGAUGGUGAGAAAAGGAAAGCAGGCACUGUCUCUGCACAGAAGCGUAGGAUGAUGUCGCUGGAUGAUGUUCUGGGGCUUUUCUUUCAGCUCUUGAAUCGUGAUGUUCUGCUUUUUGGGAUGGUGUCAAGUGGUACCUUUGCUGCCCUGAGCCUUGCAUUUUAUCUUGGCUAUGGCUGGGAGUUUUUGGAGCACACCUAUCUCUACCACCUGACCAGGAGAGACAUCCGCCACAACUUCUCGCCCUAUUUCUACAUGCUCUACUUGACUGCAGAAAGCGAGUGGAGUUUUGCUCUGGGGCUUGCGGCUUUCCUGCCUCAGCUCUUGCUGUUGCUUGUGAUUUCCUUAGCCUGUUACAGAGAUCUCGUCUUUUGUUGCUUCUUGCACACUACUGUGUUUGUCAGUUUUAACAAAGUAUGCACUUCCCAGUAUUUUCUGUGGUACCUCUGUCUCCUUCCACCAGUGAUGCCUCUGUUGAGGAUGUCCUGGUGGCGAGCUGCGAUGUUGCUCCUGGCGUGGCUCUCUGGGCAAGGCCUGUGGCUGGCACCUGCUUAUUUUCUAGAGUUCCAAGGGCAGAACACUUUCUUGCUCAUAUGGCUGGCAAGCUUGCUUUUCCUUUUUAUAAACAGCAUGAUCCUUGUUCAAAUUAUUUCUCACUAUUAUGCCUUGCCUCUCAAUGUGAAAAAAAAGCAACAAUAAAGGACUGGUCUUGCUGUGAAGAUGAAACCUUGUAAACAAUGCUUUGAGAGAGAUUCUUGAAGCAAGACGGGCUGGAGUGAAUGUCUUGGGUAUUUUAUACAUAUUUGAAAUAUUGUUUUGGAGACUGCUCUUCUUUGCUUGACUUCGACUGCAGUCUGCCUGCUUUAUGUCAGUUGAUGUGGAUUUCAUAGUGGAUCUUUUUUUAUAAUCGUGUUAUACUGCAUUGUGGUUCUAGGGAACCGUUGGCCUUCUGGAGAUGCUGGACUCCAUUUCCUGUUAUCUUCUACCAGCCUAGUAAAUGAUGAGGCCUGGUGGAAGUAGCAGCCUAUGAACAUUUGGAAGUCUACCGCUUCUCUGGCCCUUCUGUAUUGCUUGCGUAUUUAACACUUCUUGAUUAUGCCCAUGAUACUCUAAAACAGGGUCAGGCAACCUCCAGAAGUCUCUAGGAUAAACCCAUUCAUCCUUGGACCUUGGAGGGCUGCACCCCAUCCACCCCUAAAUUUUUCUUACCAAUAUGGUAGUGGGGUUGUUUAACUGAAGAUAUUCUACUGUGCCUUUUAGUGGCCAAGGUUUUUUUAUUAUUAUUAUUUGGAGGGUCAGAAAUGCUACAUGUUGCCAAUCUGUUUUAAAACCUCUUUCAAGAGAAAGAAGUCCUAGCGCAGGGGUCUCAAACAUGCGGCACGGGGGCCAUUUGUGGCCCGCCAGAUGAUAGUUUG